AUGAAAUUCUCAAUCACUGCAUUAACUUUUAUUGCUUCAUCAGUUUUAGCAGGUAAAGGUCCAAAAGAUACCAAUAAACCACCAACUGUUACUGUUUAUGCAACUGAAACUACUCAUAAAUAUGGUAGAUUCAAUAAAACUCCUCAUCCAACUACAACUACUUCUAUUAUUUCACCAAGUGAAUAUUCAGAAUUAGCUGGUAAAUCAGCUUCAUCAAUCUUAGCAAGAAGAGAUGAUUAUAUUGUCAAAAGAGCUAACGAUACCGCUGGUGGUGCUGCUGCUGGAAACGGUACUGCCGGAGGUGCCGGUGGUGCUGGUAAUGGUACCGCUGGUGGAGCUGCUGGUGGUAAUGGAACUUCAGGUGGUUCAUCAACUCAAAAUGCCGGUAAUGUUGCUGCUUCAGGAGCUACUUUUGCUGUUGCAGGUGCUAUUGCUGCAGGUGUUGCUUUAUUAGUUUAA